CUUAAACUGAGGACGAAAAGCAACUGAUCGGUAUUGAGCUGAAGGUAUACACAGUACGGUUGUUGCUGGAGGAAAUGGAGAACCUUCCCAAGCGUCCGGCUAACUACGUGCCACUUAGCCCGGUUGGGUUCCUGCCGCGCGCCGGUGCAGUAUACGGUGACCGCACGUCCGUCGUCUACCGGCGUCUCCGCUUCACGUGGAGCCAGACGUACGUGCGCUGCCGCCGCCUUGCCGCCGCCCUCCUCUCCCUCGGCGUCCGCAAGAACGACGUCGUCUCCGUCCUCGCCCCCAACGUGCCGGCGAUGUAUGAGAUGCACUUCGCCGUGCCCAUGGCUGCUGCCGUGCUCAACACCGUCAACACGCGCCUGGACGCCAAGGCGGUGGCGGCCAUCCUGAGGCACUCCCAGGCCAAGGUCUUGUUCGUCGACUAUGACUACGUGCGCCUCGCCAACGACGCGCUACAGGUCGUCGCGGAUGCCGGCGCGCCCGUCCCGCUGGUCGCCGUCAUCGACGAUAUUGACAGGCCCACUGGCGUCCGACUCGGCGUCGGUGAGCUCGAGUAUGAGGCGCUGGUCAGCGGCGGCGACCCGGCCGCGGAGCUGCCCUCGUUCGCGGACGAGUGGGACGCGGUCACGCUCAACUACACCUCCGGCACCACGUCGGCGCCCAAGGGCGUGGUGUACAGCCACCGUGGUGCGUACCUCAACACCACGAGCCAGCUGCUGUCGUGGGGGGUGGGCACCGAGCCGGUGUACCUCUGGACGCUCCCCAUGUUCCACUGCAACGGGUGGACGCUCACCUGGGGAAUGGCAGCGCGCGGCGGCGUCAACGUCUGCAUCCGCGAGAACCGCGCCGCCGACGUCUACCGUGCCAUCUCCGACCACGGCGUAACCCACAUGUGCUGCGCGCCGGUGGUGCUCAACAUUCUCAUAGACGGCAUCGGCGAGGCCCAGCGGCUGGCGGCUCCCGUCCACGUCCUCACUGGCGGGGCCCCGCUGACGGCCGCCCUGCUGGACCGCGUCGAGCGGGUCGGUUUCAAGGUGACGCACUCGUACGGACUCACGGAGGCCACCGGCCCCGCUCUGGCCUGCGAGUGGCGCCACGAGUGGGACCUCCUGCCGCUCCCGGAGCGCUCACGCCUCAAGGCCAGGCAGGGGGCCAGUGUCCUGUCUCUCGCCGACGCCAGCGUCGUCGACAGCAACACCAUGGCUAGUGUGCCGCGCGACGGCAAGUCCAUGGGUGAGAUCGCGCUCCGCGGCAGCAGCAUCAUGAAGGGGUACCUCGACAACCCGGAGGCGAACGAUAAGGCCUUCAAGGGCGGGUGGUUCAUGACGGGCGACGUCGGUGUCGUGCACCCGGACGGGUACAUCGAGGUAAAGGACAGGUCAAAGGACGUGAUCAUCAGCGGCGGCGAGAACAUCUGCAGCAAGGAGGUGGAGGAGGUGCUGCUCCAGCACCAGGCUGUGGCGGACGCGGCGGUCGUUGCCAUGCCUCAUCCACACUGGGGCGAGACACCGUGCGCGUUUCUCGUGACCAGCAACAAGGCUACCGGGGUCUGCGAGGACGAAGUGAUCGCCUUCUGCCGCGAGCGCAUGGCGCGCUUCAUGGCACCCAGCAAGGUGGUGGUCGUCGACGCCCUCCCGAGGAACGCGCUAGGUAAGGUUGACAAGGUGAAACUACGCGCUGCGGUCCGGAGUUUUGUGCUCCCCAGGGCCACGUCUAGGCUAUAGGUUCGGCGCCCAUCAUGCACGGUGAUAAGGGCAAUACGGUGGUAAAUAUACAGCAGUGUCAAUGUUGUACCACUAAGUAUGGCGUGGUUUGAACUUUGAAUGGAUGUUGUUUUGAUUGUUAUAUUGUAAUUUGUACUAUAUUCUACUUUCUCUGUCUCAUAAUAUAAGAGCGUCUUUGAUGCUA